CGUGAUGAGGGUCAGGGUUACUGGAAGGAUGGUGUCCACCACAUUGGUGCCCGCAACCCCCGCACUGAGCGUGAGUUGUAUGGUGUUGUUGAAGAUGUUGACCGCCAGCACACUGGUAUCAACUUUGAGAAGUACGACGACAUUCCUGUUGAAGCAAGUGGAAACGAUUGCCCUGAGCCUGUGACCCAGUUCACUUCCCCUCCUCUUGAUAGCCAUCUCUUGACCAACAUUGAGUUUGCCCGCUACACCACUCCCACUCCUGUCCAGAAGUACUCCAUCCCAAUUGUUGGAAAUGGCAGAGAUUUGAUGGCAUGUGCCCAGACAGGUUCUGGUAAGACUGGUGGUUUCUUGUUCCCUGUCCUUUCCGAGCUUUUCCUCAAGGGUCCCAUGGAAAUCCCUGCUGAGGAUCCUAGCCGUGGCUACCGUUCCCGCAAGGCUUAUCCUUCGGUUUUGAUCCUUGCCCCUACCCGUGAAUUGGUUUCCCAGAUUUUCGAAGAGGCCAAGAAGUUCGCCUACCGCAGUUGGGUCCGCCCUGCUGUUGCCUAUGGUGGUGCCGAUAUUGGCAGCCAGUUGCGCCAGAUUGAGCGUGGUUGCGAUCUUUUGGUUGCCACCCCCGGUCGUCUUGUUGAUUUGAUUGAGCGUGCACGCAUCUCGCUGGCCAACAUCCGUUACCUCGUUCUUGAUGAGGCUGAUCGUAUGUUGGAUAUGGGUUUCGAACCCCAGAUCAGACGUAUUGUCGAGAAGGAAGACAUGCCCGAUGUCGAGGAGCGUGUCACUCUCAUGUUCUCUGCCACUUUCCCCCGUGACAUCCAGUACCUUGCCCGUGACUUCCUCAAGGACUAUGUCUUCUUGUCCGUCGGUCGUGUUGGAUCUACAUCCGAGAACAUCACUCAGAAGAUCAUGUACGUCGAGGACGAAGAUAAGCGUUCGGCUAUUCUGGAUAUCCUGCACUCUACCGAGGUUCCUGGUCUGACCUUGAUCUUUGUCGAGACCAAGCGUAUGGCUGACACUCUGUCUGAGUUCUUGCUCGACCACAACUUCCCUGCUACCUCUAUCCACGGUGACCGUACCCAGCGUGAGCGUGAGCGUGCUUUGGAUUCUUUCCGUAGUGGCCGUACCCCCGUUAUGGUCGCCACUGCUGUUGCUGCUCGCGGUCUUGAUAUUGCCAAUGUCUCUCACGUCAUUUCUUACGACUUGCCAACCGACAUUGACGACUAUGUACAUCGUAUUGGUCGUACUGGUCGUGCUGGUAACACCGGUUUGGCUACCGCUUUCUUCAACCGCGGCAACAAGAACAUUGUCAACGAUCUUGUCGACAUUCUCAAGGAGGCUAACCAGGAAAUGCCCAGCUUCUUGGAGUCUAUCUCCAGAGAGUCUAGAUCAUUCGGUGGCGGACGUGGUGGACGUGGUGGUAGCCGCGGUGGUCGCGGUGGCAGCUUUGGUGGUAGAGAUUUCCGUAAGCAA